AUGGGUAUGUUCAGCUUGCAGGAGGAACUGCUGCAGUUCUGGGAAGAGAAGGCUGGCCAUGGCGUGCACCGUCCUGAGGGCAAGCCGGUCCUGCCUUCCACAGCUCCACUGGGAGACCUCGCAUCGUUCCUUCCGAGGAGGCACGGGGUGCAGCACCAGAAGGUGGAGAAGGAUGCACGGCCUGUUGAAUCACAGCUUUUGCAAUCGAGGAAGGAAGCUGAUUGCAAGGAUGUUUUGACGCUUGAGGUGUCCAAGGAUACGGAGAUGUCGGACGAGCAUGCCGAAGAGUUGACAUGCCCGAGGAGCAAGGCUCCAUCGAGACCUGAAUCGAACAGGCCUGUAAAGGCCAUCGCCGUGAGCGAUGCAGACCAAGACGAGCUUGAGGAAGGCGAAGUGAGCGAUGGCAUGACAGACUCUGGCCCGCCGGUCGGCCCGGUCAUGUCCCAAGCCGAAGGAGAGGCAUCCGACGCAGACUCUGACGGGGAGGUUGUUGAGGCGGUUGAGGAUUCCAGAGACUUAGAGGAAGGCGAGGUUGCCCAAGAGCUCGAAGAGACUGCUUCAGCUCCAGGCCUGGAGCCUGGAGAAGUGGAAGAGGCUGAAGAGAGCGACGAGGAGCCCACGGAACCGGAGGAAAGCAGCCAAGAGGAGGAGGAGGAAGGGAGCCAGCAGAGCGGCGAGGAGGUGGGCAAGGAAGGCAGCACAAAGCCGUUGGCUGAGGAAAGUGGGGAGGUCACAGAAACAGAAGCAGCCUCUGCGGCUGAGUCCUCUUCGGACGGUGAGUGCGAAGAGGAAGAGGUUGAAACCAAAGGCAAAACAACGCCUUCCAAGAACGAGCAGCAGGCCCAGGCCCAGGAAAGGAGACGGUCGACUUUUGUGCACCCGCCCAACGAGCUGCCGGGUGAGUCACCAGCAUCUCGCCGAAGAUCACCGAAAACCCGGAAUACAUCACGGCGCCAUGCAAAGCGACCUCGCAGUCCCAGCUCACGUCGUGAAAGCCUUCGUGCGCGUGUGGCUAACCGCAAGAGACUGCCGAGGCGUUCGGAGUGGGCCGGUACUCGCGUCGAGCUCGGCCUGUCCCCUCGUGGUCGCUCAAACUCGAGCCGCAGCCGUAGGAGGACAAGGUCUCGAAGGCGUGAUUCCAAGACUUCAAGACCGAACUUGAGGCAAGGGCAAAGCAAAUGGGACGUGAGGCCAGAUCCCGCGAAUCCUGACCAGAAGCCGCUGAAGCGCUUGCUGGAUCCCACUGCGAAUGGGAAGAAGCGUCGGGAACUGUAUGUGGGCAAUCUCCCACAACACAAGGUGGAUGAGCCAAUGCUGCGACAAGCCUUCAAUCGCCUCUUCUUGGAUCUUCCCAGUUUCGUGGAGAGAUACCCAGACAUUGUCGAUGUAAUACGUUCCCUUUACUUCCCGCCGAAGGGCGAAGGGAUGUUUGCUUUUGUGGAGUUCGUGGACGAUGUCCUCACAACGACUGCCAUGCAGAUGAGUGGCUUCGAGCUUCAGAACAGGUCCAUCAGGAUUGGACGGCCGCAGAGCUACGAACCCCCGCACGAUGGAGAGCUGGCAGGCCUCGAUGUUCAGCCUCUUCGUGAAAAGGGGCUCUUGCCAGCGGCAGCUCCUGGAGAAUGGAAGGAAUCAAAGGAAGGGGUCGCGAAUGUAGUCCGUGAAGUGUACUUCGGAAACCUGGCCACUGGGAUGGUGGACGAGGAGGUUAUGCGCGAACUGCUCCAGCCGGCAGCAGUUGAAGUCCCUGAAUUUGACCCAGACUUGGGCCCAGCAAUUGGCAAGGUCACCAUUCCACAUCCUGGAAACUAUUGCUUCGUCUUGUUCCAGAGUGCUGCUGUUGCCACCCGCAUGAUCUCCAUCUUUGACGAGACAGAGCUUUUCGGUCGCAAGAUCCGAGUUGGGCGUCCCAGCAAGUACGCCGUCACCGUCAACGAAGCUCACAGCCAGCUCGCGUUACCACCCUUGCCGCCUCCGAGCACUUCGGUCUUGCCUCCGCCGGCCCCUUCGGCUCUUCCGUUGGCUCCACAUUUGCUCAAGGCUGCGAAUGCCGAACUGGUGGCUGAAUUGGCAUCAUGUCGCUGA